AUAUAAAAGGAAUGGGUUUCUGGGAAGAAGGUGGAAAACCAAGAUGAGUUUGGUCUUUGGAUGUGUUGAGUUUCAGUGUACUGUGGGACAUCUGUAAUGACAAGGAAAGCGAUGUGUUCUUAUAAAUGGAAUAGCUUUAUUCUCUGUUCCUCAUGAAAUUUUCAACCACUUUUAUUAGCUAGCAAUGAAAUGACUCAAACAUUCCUAACAUCCCUUUAUUAUGCUGUGGUUAGUAUUUCUCUGACCCUUAAACCUUGUUGCCUUGUUUUGUCAGCUCUUAGGGCAUUUCAUUUUGCCACCUUCUCACCCUAUGUCUAAAGCACCCCCUGUACCCAAGUUGUUGCUUGGCUCAGAUCACAGCAACAGGAUUAUCAAAAAUUUGUUGAAAGAAAAAGUGGCAGGAACUGGCACAUCUUAGAGGCUGAGGCCACUGCUGACUCCUUGAGAUCUUGAGCUAAGCUCUUCUGUGGGCUUCAGUUUCCUCACUUACAAAGUAAGGAGAUACAGAUGAUUGUGGAGAGUGGCUACCGUGUUUGGACAGGUUCAAGCCUCGGACUAAUGAGAGGGCACAGUCCUCUCGUGGCCACGUGCAAGUCCCAGCUUGGAGGGCAGAGCCCUCCCAGCACAAUUAUAACCAACAACUAUAGUGGUAAGCUUGAACCUAUGGUCCGAACAUGUGGCCCACGUGUCUGAGUAAUAUGGGCUUGAUAGCGUUCAGGUGCAUGUAGUUGAGUAGGAUCGAAACCUUCUUGACCACACCCUUACUUUGCCUCAUGGAAUCUGGCUAUAAAUAAAGACACCCAUGGCGCUGUCACUAGCUCUCCAUCAGAGAGGACAGUGUCCCACCCAAACCCAGCUUUUAUUCUCUUGUCUGUCUUUUCUCAAUCCUUCACUGCCCCCUCUCAGGGUCACCGAACCUGGCUGAGCUGGCACGGCACAUAAGGUGCCCAAUGGGCUGGCUGAGUGUGCCAUGGGAAACAACUGGUGGCCAUAUUUUAAAAAUUCCUCAUGCUAGAGAUUUUUAACCAGGAACAAGAGAAAACUGCUAAUUUGCUUAAGACUAAACUAUAUUUAUUCAGCCACACCUAAAUCCCACCCACUGGAAGGACCAAGUGAGUCCCCUUGCAAUGGAACCAAACCCUAAUUUUGAGAAUCCAAUUAAAAAUUUGCUUCAAGUACUUAGGAUCAAAUGGUUGAUCCUAACAUUUCCUAUUCUAGUUGGAGCAGCUUGCUUCCCUUGAUUUUUAUUGAAAACAGUGUUUUGUAUUAGAAGCAGCAUGUGUGACUAUAUGAGAAUACAGAAAGCCAAAGGGUUAUAUGUGUAGCUUUUAGGUACCAUUAUUUUUCUUGAUGUCUCUGGGACUUAUUCCAGAGUUGGAAAUAUUGACUUUGUUUUCAAAGCCGUUUUCAAUAUAAAAAUGAUGGGUAGAAAUAGAGGGUGCCAAGUACUUUCAUUCUUCUUAUCCAGACUUCUCUUGCUUCAGUGUCUUCCCAUGUUCAUGACACCUGUAUGGUGUUAAAGAGAGGGUGGAAAACAAUGGGAAGAAAGUUUCUGAUUAGCUUUCCUAGGGAUUCCAUCCCCAAUGUAUCCUUUCUCAGUCCCAGAUUGCCUACUUCAGAGUUGCACUGCCAAAGACAUAGUCUUAGAGGACAGAUUUAGUCAUUAACCAAAUAUUUAAGUACACACUUAUUUAAAGAUAGUUUCAGAUGCUUUGGAUGUAAAAAUACCAAAGUAAGUUCAUCAAGGCAUCUGCUGUUGUGGAAGUUCAAUGUGAAGGCUGGGGUAGCUUAAACACUUAAAGUGGCAGUAGGCCAGCAGCAUGGGCAUCACCGAGGAGCUUGUUAGAAAUGUAGGAUGUCCAAAAUGUCUGGAUCAAAUCUGCAUUUUAACAAGGUCUUCAGAUUAUUCAUAGGCACAGAAAAGUCCUAGGAGCAAUGGGCUAGAGUACAAAGUGGGAUGUUCUAUGAGAAUUCAGGAUAAUUAACACUUUUUUUUUUAGCACUUGACAUAAAAUUACCUUGUUGAAUGUUUGUAACUCCAUGAAGUUGGUACUGUUAUUCUUAUUUGAUAGGCAAAAGCUUUUAGAGUUGAAGGGUCUUGCCUAGCCAAUAAAAACUAGAAAGUGGAACCUAGUUUCCAAUCUCUUCUGAUUGGAUGAAUAUCAGAGAGGGGUACUUGCAUGCAGGAAGUAAAAUGUAAAGUUGCAGGUGGUAAAGUACCCAAAAUACCAAAGUUCUCAGUGUAUUGUUUGGGAAAGUGAAUAGUGGGAAAUAAAGUUUGAAGUGUAAGUAAAAGCCAGGUUCUGCAACUCCCAACUCCAGCCAUAUGUCCAGUAUUGACAUUUCCUCAUGUGAGGGAAGAGAUGGAAAACUCGUGCGUAUUAUUUCUGUAACAUGUAACCUGUGAAAAGGACAACUUAAAGAAUCUAAAAGUCAGAAAACUUGCUCCGUCCCCUGUCCUUCCCACCUCCUACCCCACAGUAGACUGAUGCCUUCUGGCUUUGUACUACAGAUUCAGGGCAACACUCCUCUUACAUAAAGCUGAGUCUAGAAAGAGUAUCUGCAAGAACAGAUUGUGACAGACUGCAUUUAGAGGUCUGAACCACUUUGAGGAAGGUAACCAGGAUAGUCACAUUUAAUCUGUCAACCUGUACUUGGUAUGUUUAGCUUGGAAAAGAAAAGACAGGAGGCACAGGAAAGCUAUAGCCAAAUAUUUACAAAGCACAUACCAUCACUAGGUCCUGGGGAUAAGAGUAUUGAACAUGACAUGGUGAGUUUCCUGCAUCACGGAGAUUAUAGUCUAGUAAGGAAGAUAGACAUUAAAUGAAAUACUGAAAGUGGUUAAGUAAAGGUGCUGCAAUAGAAGCUUUGCCUGUGAUGGGAACCAAAAAGAGGACAGGAAAAGCUUCUUUGAGGAAGUGGUGUUUAAACAGAAAUUCAAAGAAUUAAUAGGAGUUAGCCAGAGAGGAUAAUCCAAUUAUGUGCAAAGGUUUUGUGGUGCAACAGCUUGGAAUGGUAGUGACAUUUGCAAGUCUAGUUGAAAGAAAAAGUGGGAAAGGGAAAGGAGAGGGUUGGAUAGGUAAGCAGGAACCAGGUAUUUUAGUGCCUUAGAACCCAUGUUCUAGAUUUCAGAUUUUGUUUGAAAGUCAACCUAUUGAAGGCUCAAAAGUAAAUCUUGCAUAUGUCAUAAGUUGCCAUGUGUAAGUAAAAAAGGGCAUAGGCAUGAUGUUGAAGACUACUAAAUAGACCCAACCGUGUGAUGGCUGGUUGGCUAGGUGAAUGGAUGACACUAAAGGUGGGCUGAGAUAAAUUCUUGGUCAUUGGAGUUGUUCAGGUAUCCAAGUGGGAAAUCAAACAAAUGGGUUUUUUGGCCUAGAUUCUCUUUGAGACAUCAUAUAUUAUUGAGAUUUACAAUACCUUGUAUUUGAUCAUAAAUAUCACUACAAAUAAUAGUUUCCCUUAUCUAAAAAUUAUCAAAUUCUCAUUACAGCUCCUCAAGGUAGGAAUAACUCCCACUUUACAAAUGAAGAAUUGAGUCCCAGAUUAAUAACUUUCCCAAGGUAACAAGGUUAGUAAUAGUUGAACCCAGAUCUAUUAUACUCUCAAAGAUCUCAUAACAGCUACUAGUAUAAACAAAGUUUCUAUACAAACUAGCACACAAAUAUGGUAAUUAAUAGGCAUUUGAUGAGUGAACAAUUUAGUCUGGAAUAGAUAUCUGGAAUUCUUCUAGGGGGACUUUACAUUCACUUAAAAAUAUUUUAAUAUGUGCUAUGUACCAAGCACUAGGGAUAAAGUCAAUAAAAUGGACAUGGUCCCUGUCUUUCUUGAAUUUACAAUAGAUGAGAAAAACCUGUAUUACACCAAAAAUGACACAAAUCACUAUGGUCGUGUUAAGUGCUUUGAAAGUAAAGUAUUAGGUGCAUUGUAACGGGGAUCUAAUUGAGUGUGGGGAGUCUUACAUUUUUCAGCUGUCACAUCCCUAUCUUUCUCCAAAAAGUUUCUUGUUAUCAUUCUCUGGUUUCUUACCUAUGUUUUUAACCUGUUAUAGUCAAAUCCCAAGCCUUUUCUGAGUAACUUUAGCCCUUAGUAAAAAGGAUUCUGGCUAUAGUCAAUUGCUAGCAGACUAUGGGCUUAACAUCCAUAGCAGUCACUCCUAAAUUACUUCUCCCCGACACAAGUACUAUAUUUCCAACAGCAUUGUAGACUCCAUUUUCUGGAAGUGUCUCUGACACCUCAAGCAACUUAUCAUACCGCCUCUUCCUGGAAGAACAAAACAGUUAUUCCUUCCCCACCCAGCUUCCCUAUUCCUGUUGUUUCAGUCAACCACAAUGAACAACUUGGAGUAGCACCAGACAAUAUUUUCUAAAAAUCAUUCGUCAUAACUGAUCCUUUCUUUCCUUAUUGUGCCCCUCCCCACUUGGUGCAAACUCUCUUGUAUUCUUGCUGUGUGUGAACUAUCUUUUUCCAUGUAAGCUUUUGGAGGACAGAUCAUACAUUCUAUGUUUUCAUAUCGCCUUGCUGAGAAAAUAGGUACUAAUCAGUAAAUAACUGAUUUGAUAACACACCAAAUAGAUUUUAGUGCAACAUGCUGUUUACAAGUGUUUAGAAAAUGAUGCCAUUUUUUCCCCUGAUAUAAAUUGUUGAGGUGGAAUGCCCUUCUGUAAAAAGAUAAGCAAAAUGAGGAUCAAAUGUGAAAAGUCUUCCUAAAGAUCACAAUUUCUUAAACAAUUAUAACACAUGAAAAAAGGGGAUGCUACAAAAUGAUCCAGUUAUGAUCUCUCUCCACAUUUACCAGGUAAACUAUUCACUCUUUAGUAAAGCCCUCUCUAAAUCCUGUCUUCUCAGAUGUCCACAUAGUCUCAAUUGUCUCAUUUUUCAUGUGAAAAUAUUGUGCAUUCAAUGGAUUGUUGGAAAUUAUCUAUACACUGUCCAAGAAGGUAACCACUAGCCACACAUGGUUUCUUAAAUUUAAUUAAAAUUAAAUAAAAUGUAAAAUUCAGUUCCUCUGCCACAGUAUACACAUUUCAAGUGACUAGUAGCUACCAUAUUGGACAGGAUGUAUUUCCAUCUUUGUAGAAAGUUCUAUUGGACAGUGCUGUGCUAGAGCUCGGACUUGUCAAGAUCAAUGAAAACAAUAUGACCAAACUGAAAACGCAGGCAGUCAGUUCCUGGUUGGUUUUGAGUGAGAAGGUUCACUGGGUGAGUGGGAAGCAAGCGGAUUUUGGGGACGGUGACAUCACAAAGCACAGCUCACAGGGGCUCUAGAACACCUGGGUUCCCAGGCCACUUUCCUUAACUCAUAUUUAGGGUCCUGAAGACUCUGAACAUGUAGCUCUGGAGCUGCUGUCUUAUUAAAAUGCCAACAUCUUCACCUUCAUCUUCUAUCUGGGACAUCAUAGAUUAUGCCUCUCUGAGCUCAAUAUGGAAUUGGCUCCAAGCAACUUUUCUGGGACAGACUAGUGUGGCUCAGCAAACAAAUCUGGGGCUAAUAGAUAAUCUUGCUCCGGCUCUGCAAGUUGCCCUCGGGAUUUUCUUUCUUAUUUUCUUGGCAGUAGGACUAUAUGCCUUAUGGAAACGAAGUGUUCGGUCAAUCCAGAGUCUGUUGUUGUUUGUAAUCACACUCUACAAACUUUACAAGAAGGGCUCAGAGUUUUUGGAGGCUUUGCUGGUCAACCCAGAAGGGAUUCAUCUCCCAGUUCAAGACAAAAGUAUCCUCCUGUCCUUGGGUCUGCAAGAGAAAAUUCUGAAACAACUUCAGAUGGUGGAAAGCAAAGUGAAGAACCUGGAGGGGAUGAUAAUUUCUCAAAAACCUGCCACGAAGAGGGAUUGCUCCUCUGAGCCCUACUGCAGCUGCUCCGACUGCCAGAGUCCCUUGCCCACAUCAGGGUUUACUUCCGCAUCUGAAAUCUGAUGGACUCGUCUUUCCCAGACAAGCGCCGUUUCCCUUAUGUGUGCGGUGGUGUGCCAAUAAAGGUAGAGAACUGUAUUGAAAUUACCCUACAAGGCCUGGCUCUCUAUUCAGUAAGGGCCCAACUUUUUCUUGUGUGUUGGGGUAAUAUUGGGAAGGGUGUUGGUUUAAAAUGUCUCUGGGAUUGUGGUGCCCGCUCAGCAGGCUGGAGACCCGAAUCUAGGGAUUGGGAAAAGAAGGGAGAGUGGUCAUGGAUAUGGCCUUCAGCUCCAUACCAAAGAGGUUGGGUUGAAUGUAAUGAACAGCAAGAAUGUGCCGUUGAAGGGCGAUGCUGUGGACUGUCCUGUAGAGGUAGGCUGGCCCUUGUGCUGGUCUUGGGUAUAAAUGAACUAUUUGGCCCAGGAGUUUCCCUGCAUUAAUUACUCAGAAGUGGGCAAGGGUUGGGGUGGACAUAAAGGAGACUGUUUAACUUUAUCCAUCUUUUGCUGAUACUUCCUCUGUGCUGAGCAGUGUGAUAAUUCUUGGGAAUCUGUCCCGAGUGUUUCAGGAGCUCUCAGUUUGGCUGGCUGGACAGGUAAUUUCAGAACUUGACUUUAGGGGAACUCUCAUGUGAAUCCAGUUUGGCAGCGCCUUGGCACACUCAGUUGUUUAGGGCAUCAUCCCAAUGUGCCAAGGUUGCAGGUUUGGUCCCGGUCAGGGCACAUACAAGGAUCAACACUAUGACACAAUUUUCACAAGUAUGGGGAGAUGGUAGCUAAUCUUUAUUGGGCAAGCCGGGCACAUUGCUAAGAUAUUUACAUGAUUUUUCUUAUUUGGUCCUCACAAUAUGAGGAAGCAAAUACUAUUAUUCUCAUUUUACUGAUCGGAAACUGAUGGACAGAGAGGUUAAGCAACUUGCUAACAUAUGGUACAGCUAUGACCGGGACUCGAGCAGCCUGACUAAAUGUGCACUCUUAGCCACAAAGUUUGGAGCUUCUGUGAGAUUUUGGACCAACUGCAGCAGGCUGGCUGGACCUAGACAGAUGAAGACAAGAAGACUGAAGAGGGCAUAGCAAUGACAGACCAAGGGAGAGAGAAUUUUGAAAAAGUGUUUAUCCUCUCAUAUUUUAAGUUAAUAUCUAAAAGUUUUCAUCAUUCAUUUAAAUAGUUGCAAUGGAGCCCUAGCUGGUUUGGCUCAGUGGAUAGGGCGUGGGCCUGUGGAUUGAAGGGUCCCGGGUUCGAUUCUGGUCAAGGGCACGUAUCACAGUCGCAGGCUCCUACCAGGCCUAGGCCCUGGUCGGGCCUCAUGCAGGAGGCAACCAAUCAAUGUGUUUCUCUCACAGUGAUAUUUCUGUCUUUCUCUUCUCUCUCUAAAAAUCAAUGGAAAUAUCCUCGAUUAAAAAAAUAGUUGUAAUGCAUGUAAAUUCUGGCAAAUUAUAAAUAAUGACAAUUUAAGAUAAAAUUGUAAAAUUACUUUUUAUAAUGUAUCCAACAGAAUCCACAUAACAACUGAAUAACCACUAUCAUCCAUUUAAAAUUACACAAAUAAGCUCUUUAAUAUUUGUCAUUUCUACAUUUUCUUU